CCCACAUCUUCUCUCUGCUCCGGCCACCGCUUUUAGGGCUUUCGCCGCCGGAGGAGAGGUGGAGUACGGGAACCGGCGGUUAUCGGACUUGAUUCUUGUCUCUAUUCAGCGAGAGAUGGACCAGGAGAUGGGGGAAGCGUUCGAUUUUCUCAGCCUGGAGGAGAUCGAUCUUGACUACGAGUACGAUGCUUCGCGGUAUUUUGACCUUAGCAGGGAGGAGUUGCCGUCGGAGGCGUGGGAGGCGGAGCUCUGGUUCGAGACGGCCGCAAGCUAUCCCCCUUCUCCACUUAUAGCAAAGAUGAACAUAGGAGAAGACAUAUAUGCAGAAAAUGUAAAUACACUUCCAAAAUUCAAGGAUACAGAAAAUAUCAAUUAUACGAGCUCUCUUUCUGAUGGUGUUGCUGGCACUGAGUUCUCUACAGAAGACAAAAGUUAUAAAGGCUGGACAUUUAGAAGCAUCAUGUCUCAAGAUGUUCAGAAAGAUAAAAAAAAAAUUAACAAGGGCUUUUCAAAAGGCUCCACUUUGAUGAAACCUACUGCAAGUCAGCUGGCCAAGCAAAACCGUCCACGAGAAGUUAAAUAUGCCAACAGAUUUGUCCAUAGGGUUCCGAAGUCAAUAUUACAAAUAAGUGCUCAAAAUGUUGAGGAUGAACCUGAACAUUUGGUUCAAGCUACCAAAAGACAAAAACUAGAGGGGGGUCUUUCACGGAAGGUAGUUGGUGUAAAUCAACAAACUGACUUCAUGCAUAAGGUUCCAGAAAAGAAGAUUGGAUCUGAUUGCAACUUUCAGUUUCCAAGAUUGAGACUCACCAUUCCAAGAGAACCUGAACUAGAAACAGCACAAAGGGCACAAAGACUAAGGGCUCAAAGAUUAAGGUCCAAUGAUGGCAAUCAAUCUCAGGCUGGGGGAAUGCCAACAACGUCUUCAUUCAAAGCACGGCCACUGAAUAGAAAAAUUUUUGAAGCUCCUUCCUUGCCCCUUCGUCAGAAAAGCACACCGCAGUUGCCCAAGUUUCAAAUGUUCAAUUUAAAGACUGAAGAGAGGGCUGCUCAACAUGCAUCAACUGCCUCAACGUCAUUGAUAGCUAAGAAUGAGAUUCCUAAUUCUGCUGUACAAGAUCUUGCUCCAGCAUCAAAAACAUUUGAGAAUCAGCCUGUUGAUCCUUCAGAACUGCAAAAUGAUGACCGAAAGCAAGAUGAGCACAGAAAUAUCUUGCCCAAGUUCAAAGCUCUUCCGCUUAAUAAGAAGAUCUUAUCAAGCAAAGGAGAUAUCGGUAUCUUUCGAAGUACCAAACAGGAAAUAACGAUACCCAUGGAAUUUCACUUCUCAACAAGCAAAAGGUGUCGGCAAGACCCACCAACAGAACUUUUUAACAAGCUCUCUCUAAAUUCUGAUGCCCGGCUGACUUCUGCGUCUCACACAAAGUUGGGAUCGUCUUCUAAGGGAGUUACUAAGGGUUCAAAAGAGAACAUGAUUGUUUCUGAACAACUAGGUCAUAAGGAAGAGGUGCAAAAGCCGGGGAUAAAGCAGAUUGGUAUUGCAAGUGGACUGUUCUCAAAAAAUGGAUCGCGAGCAACUAAAUUUAGCAGGAGCUUGGGCAUCCGAUGAUCCUUAAGUGCGAGGAAUUGAGAUCUCGGCAGCAGAUAUUUGGCGUUGCUGAACCUUCGAUCUCAAGUUACACAUUCUUAUCAGUUUUUAGCAAACAGAGGAUUCCCAUUGGUGAUCAAGCUUGAAAAUUAGCGAUCUGGCAAAUGGAAUGGUAGAGAAAUCUGAAGCAUGACUAAUUGUUGUGAUGCUGGUUUUAGUUGAGAGUUGUACAGGUAUUACACAAGAGAGCUUCUCAUGUACUUGCACAUGCAGUUGCACAACCGCAAUGGUAAUGUAUGUUUUCUUUUAUUUACGGUUGCCAUCCAUUACGCUGGAAGAGAUGAAAUUGUUUUUUUGUUCAUUGUACAAGACAAAUAAAGCAGACUUUUCCGUGA